AUGGCUCUCACGAGAAUCGGCCUCGCCGGCCUCGCCGUCAUGGGGCAGAACCUGGCCCUGAACAUCGCCGACAAGGGCUUCCCCAUCUCAGUCUACAACCGCACCACCUCCAAGGUCGACGAGACGGUGGCGCGCGCCAAGGCCGAAGGUGACCUCCCUCUGUACGGCUUCCACGACCCCAAGUCCUUCGUCCAGUCGAUCCAGAAGCCCCGGGUCAUCAUCAUGCUGGUGAAGGCCGGCGCCGCCGUGGACCAGACCAUCGAGACCCUCUCCGGCCACCUCGAGGAAGGCGACUGCAUCAUCGACGGCGGCAACGAAUGGUACGAGAACACCGAGCGGAGGGAGAAGGCGAUGGCGGCGCGCGGCCUCCUGUACCUCGGCAUGGGAGUCUCCGGCGGCGAGGAAGGCGCCCGCCGGGGGCCGUCGAUGAUGCCCGGAGGAUCCUUCGAGGCCUACAAGAACAUCGAAGACAUCCUCCUCAAGGUGGCGGCGCAGGUCCCCGACAGCGGCCCCUGUGUCACCUACAUCGGCAAGGGAGGCUCCGGCAACUUCGUGAAGAUGGUGCACAACGGGAUCGAGUACGGGGACAUGCAGCUGAUCGCCGAGGCCUACGACGUGCUCAGGUCCGUUGGCAAGCUCUCCAACGCCGAGCUGCACCAGGUCUUCUCGGAGUGGAACAAGGGGGAGCUCCUCAGCUUCCUGGUCGAGAUCACCGCCGACAUUUUCGGGAUCAAGGACGACAAGGGCGAUGGCUACCUGGUCGACAAGGUCCUGGACAAGACCGGGAUGAAGGGCACCGGAAAGUGGACCGUCCAGCAGGCGGCGGACCUGUCCGUGGCGGCGCCGACCAUCGCCGCCUCCCUGGACGCCAGAUUCCUCAGCGGGCUCAAGGAGGAGAGGGUCGAAUCGGCCAAGGUAUUCAGCUCCGCCGGCCUCGCAGGAACCCUUAGCGGCGCCGGCGGUCACCCACCGGUGGUGGACAAGGAGAAGCUGGUGGACGACGUGAGGCAGGCCCUGUACGCCUCCAAGAUCUGCAGCUAUGCGCAGGGGAUGAACCUGAUCCGGGCCAAGAGCUUGGAGAAAGGUUGGGAUCUCAAGCUGGGGGAGCUCGCAAGGAUCUGGAAGGGCGGCUGCAUCAUCCGGGCCAUCUUCCUGGACCGCAUCAAGCAGGCCUACGACCGCAACCCAGAGCUCUCCAGCCUGCUCGUUGACCCCGAGUUCGCCAAGGAGAUCGUUGACCGCCAGGCCGCCUGGCGCAGAGUCAUCACACUCGCGGUCAACGCCGGCGUCGGCACGCCGGGCAUGUCCGCCAGCCUCGCCUACUUCGACACCUACCGGAGGGAGAGCCUGCCCGCCAACCUCGUCCAGGCGCAGAGGGACUACUUCGGCGCCCACACCUACGAGAGGACCGACAUGCCGGGGGCCUUCCACACCGAGUGGUUCAAGAUCGCCAAACAGUCGCACCUCUGA